GGGUGUUGUCGUACGGAAGUAGCGGUGUUGGUUUGUGGCAGCAGUUCUCUGCGGCACUGACUCACCCAGCUGGUUGAUUGCAGCUGUUUCACUGUCAGCAGCUGGUGGAUUGCAGCUUUCUAGUGUUGAGUAAGUAGCUUACUUCGCACCCAACAUCGCACGCCGCUUUGAGUGAGAACGAGAAGUGACAUCACAUAUAGUUCCAGUCUCAUGCUCUGUUGAAAAGUUCUUGUUCUUCUUCCUCUUCUUCCACCAUCCUGAUCCCAAGUAUUAUGAUGGACGGUCUCCUCGAACAGAUCUCGCAGUUCGCGGAGAAAAAAAGGCUCGGUGCCAUCCUGAGCUUACCCGCAACGCUUUCCCCCGACGACCGGAAGCAGCUGCGGGUGUUUGUGGAGGAGAAUUUCUCCGCAACUUUAAAAGCGGAAAGCUAUGGUGUUGGGGCGGAGAGGACAAUACACGUGUUGCGGAAGCAGGAUGUUGACACGGGUCGCGAAGUAUGAAUUGCAAAAGUGUAGUCUGCGUCUGGAAGAUUGCAACGUGUCAUGGUAAAUCUGAAGCAUGCAAAAAUCUGUGUUGCAUGAGUGCCAAAAGCUGUCCACUUUUGACCACGUUGGAACGGAGUCUCUCAUGCAGAAUAGGCAUGGCAGAGGCCUCGCAGAGUCUGUCAUGCUAAGUCCCGCAUUCCAGACGCAGACCUCAUGGGUCAUGGAAAAUCUGCAUGACAAGUCUAUACUCUUCCAGACCCAGACACUUUGUUUUACAUUUGAUACGAAGCAGGUGCCGGAGGUGGAUCCUCACCAAAUACAGCAUCACCAGCUCCGCCCGGAGGUGGCGCCGACCAACAGGUGAGUAUGACUGUGUCAUGGGCGACCUUUUCAUGAUUCAUAAAGAGCGAAAAGAUGGAGAUGGUGAUGGAAACCUGUCUCAUGCAGAAUUUGAAUGAGCCAAGGUUCAAGUGGCUCACCUCCACGUAGGACCUCCUCGAGAAUCAAAAUCAAUCUAUCAGACCUACAACCCAACGGACACUGCUUCUCUGGAGAUUCGCACGAGCCCGACGGUGGAGCUGCGGCGCGCGAAGUUGCAGGAAGCCGUGCUUUUGGACGACGAGCAGACGCUGCAAACCUCGACGAUCCAAUCCGACUCCAAACUCCAGAUGUCGCUGCCUUCCAGUCCAAUUGCAAUGGAACGGCAGCUGAACCUGAUGAACAGGAGCGGUUGGAAUAGUAAAGUCACAAUCAAGAACACCUUCAUCCACAUCAACGAGAUCACAAACGUGAUGCUCUCCAUGAGCGGCAACAAGUCCAGUUCUUCCGCCAGUUCGCCAAAGGGGGCAGAUGGGGGUGGCUCUACUUCACAAAACGGAGCUCCUGGUGGUGCAAUAAGUCCUGCCGAUCCCGUGGAUGUCUCCAAAUCCAUGCCUGCGGGGCUGUUCCUGCAAAAGUGUAAUGAGGAGAAAAAGAAGCGGAUAUGGCUCUCCACCCGGGGCAGAUCGGGAAGUUCCGUGAAGGAUGGAGCCACGCCGAAGUCGACAAAAUCCUAUCGCGUGAAAAGGAGUGACAGCGAGCUGACAACUGGAGAAAUGAGAAAUCCGCCGUCGGAAUUUUUCCAGACCUGGGACGGAUUCGACAGCGGGGUCGGGGUGAUGAGGUAUUUGUGCGGAUGAAGCACGGUUAGCGUGAGACUUUGACAUUUUAAUGUGUUUCCAACGUGUCGUUCUCGCUGCAGCAUGACCCAACUUUGCGUCGUCGGAUAUCACCAUCACAAAUUAUCAAUUCAUUCUCACAGGCUAAACACCAAAAUCGGUGUUCCGGAACUCGACAUCAGUCCUGGUUCCUUCGACCGGACCGAUACCAACGAUCUGAACCCCGCCGCGCAGGAAUUCGUGCCGCCAGAUCGGACGAACUCCCAAGACACAGCAGCAGGAGCAGCUUCUCUCCCGCAACAACCUGUCGUCCAGCCACCUCCGGUUGUCGUGCCACUUUUGAAAAAUGAAUUCCUCAUCGGCCAGAUCGUAGAGCUCCAGAACGUGAUUUCGCCCUACAAUGGGUUGAAGGGCGUUGUGUGCAACAUCGUCUACGACAAUCUGACGACCGGGCUACAGAAUCCAGCCGGGUGCUUGUCCUACGAUGUGGUUGUUUUGUCGAAGGGAAAUGGGGAUAGCAGUUCUUCCGUCCUCCGUGUCGGACCGCAAGAGGUGAUCGCGGGGCCGCCGGGCUUGGAGGGCGUGGUGGAACAGCAGCAGUCAACUUCUGCGACGGGGGGAGCAGUAGGUCAUGGCGCGGAUUGGAGUACUGGAAAUACGGCGACUGCUGCAGCGAACAACUACGAUGGCGUCGGUAGCCAUGCUGCUCAACAAAACGUUGCGGAGGACCCCUACACCGCAGCGGAUUCUUUUCCAGACUGGCAGCAGCCAUCCGCGAUCCCAGAUUUCGUCCCGGCGUCUGAUCCCUGGCCCAACAUCACCAUCCCACAGCACCAGCUCCGUGCCAUCGCAGAGCCGUUCGUCCCGAAAUCUUUCGCGGCAAAUGAGAACGACCUGAGCAUACCACCGCCUGGGCUAGGAUUACCGCUGGCGCAACAGCAUUCAUCAACAUCGGCACAUGGUGGAGGAGGUUCAAAUUGGAAUACGAAUUUCAACAACCACUUCUACAACCAACAAAGAGCCAUGAGUUCGUCGAGCUCAGGUGGUCCACCUGGCUACAACAUUAACAAUCACCACGGAGCGAACUGGAGCUACAACAACGGCAACAAUUUUGUUUACCACAGGCCCCGGCCGAUCAUGUUGAACCUGCAAAAUUUGAUACCGGAAAACGGAGUAGAGGUGGUUUUGUGGAAGGACUUUGAAGACCUACACGCGGCGUUUCAUAAUGGGAACAGUGCAGGAGCGGGGACAAAUCCAAACGGUUCACCUGGUGGUGGAUCUUCAAGUCCGGACAUGAAGCGGAUCCGCCAGGAGCUGCGCGCCAGGGGAUUCCUCUGGGCGGCACCCAAUACAAACAACAACAGCAAGUCGCCGAGUGCGUACGGCGGGCCGCGGGAUUCGAAGGACAGUGUGAGGUCGGGUGGGACGAGGGGGAUGAAUGGAAAUGGUGGUGGGGAUGUGUAUGCGGCGUUCAAUGUGAUGGGAAGUAAAUCAUGAGGACGGCGAUGAAGUGUUCCUAUUGCAACUUUAUGUUGAGCCGUUGCCGUGGGUACUAUUACAGAAAAGAAAAAGUAGAACGGAAUGAAGACCGGCAAGGACCUUGCAACUCCAACUGCAAGACGCGUAGACCGUCAUGACCCACCUGCUGCUGCUGUUCUAAUUUGCGUGACGUUUUACUUUUAGGAUGUUUCUUCUCCAUCUUCUUGUGGCCGAGCGUACUGUAAGCCAGUACAAAAUUGAGAGGGCCUGGACCAAUAUUCGAAAGAGAAAAGCUGCUGAGCGCGCGUGGCUUUUCUGUAAGUUUUGCCGCUGUGUGUGCCGUCCGG